GCACAAUGGUGGCGGAACAGUCUUCACAGGUUAUCGAACGACUUGGACCACUGUUCAGUUCAUAGAGUAUCUCGCAUUCUUUCUUGGUAUCCCCCCACCCAAUCCAAUUUCUUUCCGAUUAUCAAUAGCGCCAUGGGGAACAAGAUUAGCCUAGAGGAAGAGCUCGUAAACUUGCGGAUUACGAGCAAGCAAAUGCAUCGGUCGUCCAAAAAAUGUGAGAAGAACGAAAAGGCAGCUUUGGAAAAGCUUAAAAAGGCGAUCCAACAAGGAAAUUCCGAAGGAGCUCGGAUUUACGGUCAAGACGCCAUUCGCGAAAAGAACCAAUCUCUUAAUCAUUUGCGGAUGGCAUCGCGCUUGGACGCUUGCUGUUCACGAAUCGAAACAGCAGUCCGUAUGAAUGCAGUUUCGGAUAGCAUGAAAGGCGUUGUAAAAGGAAUGGGCAGGUCCAUGGCGAGUAUGGAUAUUGAGAAACUCAGCUCCACGAUGGAUAAAUUUGAGCAGCAGUUUGAAGAUCUUGAUGUCAAGACGCAGUACAUGGAGGGUGCUAUGAACGCUACUACAGCGACAUCGACACCUGCGGAACAAGUCGAUGAACUUAUUGGGCGAGUGGCGGAUGAGAAUAAUCUCGAAUUGGGA